AUGGCACGACUAUUAACCAACCUAAACAAUGCAACGUUACUAAAAUGGAAGGUAAACGCAACAUCUAGUGAAGGCAAGAUGAUAUUACUUUGCAAUGAUGAACACGCUCUUUUAGCGUACAAAAAAGGCCUAAAUGCCCUAUACUCUGAAACGAUCCAAGCAUCGCAACCGAAAUCUUUCCAAGAAGCUAGGAAAAUGGCAGAAAGCUUAGUGUUCUCCGACCAAAAUCAACGUGUUUUACAUUACCGUGGCAACACACUGCCACAAAAUAACUUUCAGAGAAGAAAUAAUUCAAAUUCUCUAGGUAGAUAUAACAAUUAUAACAACAAAAAUAAUCAUUUUAGAGAUAAUCAAAGAAAUCAGCAUAAUAUUAAUAACAAUUACAAUCACAGAAAUCAGUAUAAUAAUAAUGGUUAA